AUGCGACAUUUAUCAGCCUUGACGAGUCUCGCACUGGGUCCCUAUCUUUUAUCCAGCACUGGCGAGGCUAGUGCAUCCCCGAAGUCUCCACCAACCCCCAUCAUUGAUCGGUCCAAAGUGGUUGCCAGAUUCAACCCUUAUCGCAAUGCCAGCUCGACAAGCACUCCAAUGCAGACCUUCCUACCGUAUGGCACCCUUUCGUCCUGGGGUUGGCACAAUUCAUCGCUGCCUGCGAAUUCCACGCCGUCAGAUUUCAAAGGUGUUGACUGGUGGACUCAUGGUCGGCUAGUCAAUUAUGACAUGCCCAAUCCUGCAGAGGCGGGGAUCUCUCAGUGGUUGAUUGCCAAUCCUCACCGUAUCAACUUAGGACGCAUCGGAUUCGUAUUUGGAGGAAGUCACACGAACUAUACUGAAGAUGACCUGCAGGAGAAGUCGCAAGUACUGGAUAUUUACCAGGGCAUAUUGGAGUCUAAUUUUACUUUAGACGGCCAUGCGACCACCGUCUGGACAUGUGUUGAUCCAGUCUCGGACACGGUAGCGGUGCGCUUGCAAUCCGAGCUGUUGACCCUAGACCGUCUGGCAAUCUUCUUUGAUUACCCGUAUGCUACGGACAAGAAUAAGUUCGAGGCUCCCUUCAUUGGCGAUUGGGACGCUGUUUUGAAUCAUACCACGAUCCUGCACUUCACAGACGAUAACACUGGAGCUCAGAUACAACAUACUCUUGACAAUACCACAUACUACAACACAUUGCAGUGGAGUGGUACUGGUGCGUCUAUUUCCAGGGUUGGCCAUUCCCACCGGUAUGUACUCCAGCCGAACGGUAGCCGCACGACAGAAUUUGAGUUUACAGCAAACUUCUCACCGCAUGCGACUUUAAACUCGUCGACAUUAUCUGCUGAUGCCAUCACCGCACGAUCUCGGCAAUGGUGGACUGCCUACUGGGAGACCGGGGCCUUUGUGGAUUUGACCGCAACUGGGAAUGCAACGGCAGUGGAGAUUCAACGACGUGUAAUCCUGUCCCAAUACCUACUGGCAGUCAAUGAGGCCGGGUAUGAUCCGCCACAGGAAUCAGGCCGGGUAAAUAAUGGAUGGUAUGGCAAGUUUCAUAUGGAGAUGUACCUCUGGCACGCCGCUCACUGGACCCCAUGGGGCAAGUUAUCUUUACUAAAGCGAAGUAUCGGGGUCUACGAUCGGUUCCUUCCAUCGUCGCUAGAACGGGCAGCAGAUCAGGGAUACAAGGGGUUGAGGUUGGGGAAAAUGAGCGACCCGAGUGGGAGAUCUGCUCCAGGAGAGAUCAACGCGCUGCUUAUAUGGCAACAACCCCAUGUGUUCUACUUCGCAGAGACCGAGUACCAAACUAUACAUUCUGCAAGGGGGAACACAGAUGAUGUCCUCGCGAGAUGGGACUACAUACUGACCGAGUCGGCCGAGUUCAUGGCGUCCUUUGCCUUCUGGAACGCCUCCACCAAUGUAUAUGACCUUGGACCUCCCAUGUACCCCGUCUCAGAGAAUACCCCGCCAAACAGUACCCGCAACCCCACGUUCGAGCUCGCAUAUUGGCACUUUGGUCUCGACGUAGCCAUAUCCUGGAAAGCCCGGCUCGGCCAAGAAGCUCCUUCAUCUUGGAACCAUGUCAAGAGCAACCUCGCAUCACUACCUACAGUUAGGACAAUAGAUAAGUCGGGUGAUGAGGUCCUCACAUACACCCUCUACGAAGGCAUUCCGAAAAUGUGGACAGAUCCAGAAACCGUGACCGACCAUCCAGCACCCACCGGCAUCUACGGACUCUUAUCACUCUCGUCGGUCGUGAACGAAACAAUCGUCGCAGCGACAGCCGCUAAAGUCGCCAGUGUUUGGAACUUCACGGAUUGUUGGAGCUGGGACUUCCCCAUGCUGGCGAUGAACGCGGCAAGGCUGGGAGAUGUGGAAGCUGCGAUACAGUAUCUGGUCCACUCGAAUUUUGAAUUCGACGAUGUCGGCAUGCCGGUCGGGACCAAGGCACCCACGCCAUAUUUCCCUGGGAGCGCAGCCCUGUUGCUUGCCGUUGCGAUGAUGACUGGUGGUUGGGACGUCGCAAGGAACACCAGUCACCAAGCCGUUGCGCCGGGGUUUCCGUCCCAGUGGGAGGUCCGAGCUGAGGGGUUUGAGCGGAUGCUGUGA